AUGAGCCUUUCGGUGGGACAGCGCGUUUCUCUGGGCCCACACAGAGGUACGAUUCGGUACCGUGGUCCUGUGCCACCUUCGACUGGCGAAUGGCUGGGCAUCGAAUGGGACGAUCCGACCCGCGGCAAGCACUCGGGAACAUCCGCUGGUGGCACCCGCUACUUCGACGUGCGCGUCCCCGGCAGCGGCUCCUUCGUCCGAGCUACGAGCAGCAAGCUCUCCAGCGGAUGUGGCUUCCUUUCGGCGCUACGAAACAAGUACCUCCCUGCUCCAGCGACAGAGACAGAGCAAAGAAGUGGGACAGAGGAGACGCAGUAUUCAAGGAAGAACAUCGCCGAGAUCGAGAUCGAGACGCCCAACCUCGAGCGGGUGGUGCAGAAGGCGGCGCGGCUGGACCGGCUGAAGGAGGUCGGACUGGGCGGCUGGCAGCAGAGCGUCGCACUCGAGGAAGGAGGGGAGGACGCGCGAUAUGACGUGGCCAGAGCGUACGAUGAGGCGGAAAGGUUGGGGUCAGGGUCGAUACGAGAGACAUGCCCGAACAUUCGAUGGCUCGACCUGUCGAGCUCAUUGUUGCCAAACUGGGAGGAGGUAUCGUUGAUAGCAGGGGAAUUGGAGCAGCUCAAGACGUUGCUGUUGCGCUUCAACCGGCUGCAGUCGCCGCCAGUGGAGGUGCCGGCGAGCUGGAGGGAGAGGCUGGGACGGAUCGAGGAUCUCCGGUUGGACGGCACGCUUGUGCAGUGGAAGGAAGUGGUGCGACUCUCACCGGCGUUGAUCGGUCUCAAGGCUUUGCAUCUCGGUGGCAACGACAUCGGCACCUUGACCGCAACGAGCUCCGACAAAGCAGACGAGAAGACGUUCCCAUCACUGACGCUGCUCAGCUUGGAGGACAACGCGAUGGCAUCCUGGCCUGACCUCGUUGCUGCUCUGUCCCGCUUGCCCUCGCUCGAGACGCUCAUCUUGGAUCGCAACCGCAUUACCGCCACCCCGUCCGCACCAUCUUCAGCUUGCAAACUCCCCGGACUCAAAGAGCUCUAUCUGCGCGGCAAUCAGCUCGACUCGUGGUCAUCUUUGGAGAACAUCACUACAUGGCUCGGCUCAGCGUCCGGUCUAAAAGCGCUCCACAUCUCGGCUCUUCAAGACGACCAGGAGACCGCAAACGCAGCCGUCCCUGUCACUGCGAACGGCGACCUGCUCUCGAAGUACGAAUACCGCGACUUCCGCGCGAUCGCCAUCGCCCGUCUUCCGACGCUCAAGGAGCUGGACAAGACCUCGAUCACGCCCAAGGAGCGUAGAGAUGCGGAACUCUUUGUCUACACCCGCAUUCGCGAUGGCGACGCGUACAUUCUCGACGGUGGGCUUUCGCGGCUUGGAACGAGGGAGAAGUUGGACCUGUCUCCGGCCGAGAAGGCCGAGAGGUUUCCUCGGUUCCUCGAGCUCGCCAAGGCGUUCGAUGAUGAAGUGCCCGUUGCAACGGCAUCGCAGGUGGGAAAGGGGAAGUCGACGCUCCGGUCGAAAAUGCUGAGCGUGACCGUGGUGGCGUGCGAAACUGCACCGAGCGUCGGCAGACCUCAUCUGGCGGGUGUGUUGGUGGAGAAGACGGUGCAGGUGUUGGCAAGCACCCCGUUGCGGCUGUGCAAGAUCAAGCUGGCGAGUGCGGUGGGCGUAAAGGUGGGUCAGGUGGCGGGCGUGUGGGCGCUGAUGAAGCAGGGUGAUGGUGGGGAGGAGGAGGAGAGGAUCGUGCUCGAGAUGGACGAUCUGUCGAGAAAUUUGGAUUGGUAUGAAGUGGCGUCGGGUGACACGGUAGUGCUCGUUGUCGAGACUUGA